AACAAGAAGACCCCACUAUUAUUGUGACCACUAUAAAUUUACCAUUCUUAUAGAUUGAGUCAUCACACAUCUAAAUGAAAUGAAUAGCUAAACAGUGAGUGAUGCUAUCUUUGAGUGACCCAAUGUUUUUAUGAUUGUGUGUCUCUUUGAUUAGAUAAUCAUUAGACAAAUAAACAGUUUAUUUCCUCAUCACAUUUGUCCUAUCUUGUAUCUUUAUGCAACUUGCUAGAUAGAUUCACCUUUUGUUAUGAUUUGUUACAGAGAAUUAGGAAUUCACCCUAUGGAAAAAAAUUAAGAAUAUUACACUAUAAAAGUAACAACUGUGUAUGUGUGUGUGGGUGUUGUAACAACCAACAGCAUAAGAUUAAGCAAAAUAUAUAUUUCAUUUCUUAUCCCCAACCUUUGUUCUGUUUCCUACCUUAGUACUUCUACAAGCAUUCAGUGAAGGAUCUCUUUUUGGGUGGGCUAAUUUAGCUUCUUCAAAAAAAAUGAAAAGGUUCAAUAACUCAGAAUCUAUGUCUUCUUUGUUUUCCAUGUACCAAUCCAAAGGGGUGGAUCAAAGGAAUGAAACAAAAGGUUAUAGUGAAGAAUUUCAAGCAAUGUUAGAUAGAUUGGAGCAAGAAGAUAGUUAUGAAGAUGGUAACUUAAUGUUGGAGAAGAAAAGAAGACUUGGUCAUGAUCAAGUAAAAGCUUUAGAAAAGAGUUUUGAGUUGGAUAACAAGUUAGAGCCAGAGAGAAAAGUUAAGUUAGCUGAAGAAUUAGGCUUGCAACCUAGACAAGUUUCAAUUUGGUUCCAAAAUCGUCGAGCUCGUUCGAAAACUAAACAAUUAGAAAGAGAUUAUGGUGUUCUUAAGUCUAAUUUUGAUGCUCUUAAGGUUGAAUAUAGUAAUCUUCAACAAGAGAAUGAAGCACUUACCAUAAAGAUAAGAGAGUUGAAAGAAAAAUUGUUAGAGAAAGAAGAAUGUCCAAUUUCAAGAGGUAGAGAAAGAGGGGGUUCAGAAAGCAAUUCAAGUGGUGUGAUUAAGGAAGAAAUUAGUAAUGUUGAUUCUCCUUUGUGUUUCAAUGGAUCAUUGCCAAGUUCAAUGAUAAACUUGGUUCAUUAUUAUGAUUCAAAAGGUUCACCUGAAAGAGCUUUUCAGAAUCACUUUAUGAGAAUGGAGGAGCAAAAUUUCUUUAGUAAUAUUGAAUUAUGCAAUUUCUUUUCUGUUGAUCAAUUUCCUACUUUGUAAUAGAUUGGAUUGGAUGAGAAUUUCAAAUCCAGUGACAUUAAUUAUCAAGUGAUCAUAUAUGAUAUCUAAUAGAAAAUGUUUGGUUGCAAAGCAAAUAUGAGAUUUUAUCUCUUAUGAUCAUUGAAAGGAUACAAAAGUUUUGUUGUAGAAAAGAGGUAAAUCAUUGAAGAUUUUCACAAUUCCUUGAUUAUUUUUUUAUGAAAUAAAUAAUUUCUUAU